AUGUAACACUCAAGCUGCAGCUCCUGAUCCUCUCUCUCUGAAUAAAGAUAGAGCUUUACCCAGACUGCACAUUCCUUCCUCUGUCCCAGAUCUGAUUUUUGAAGAUUUGAAGAGGGAAGUUUUAAAAUCAAGAGACGAAGGGCUUAUAACCGAAACAUUGACCCUCCUGCUCCUAGGAUGCUGCCUGACUCCCCUGUGAUUUUCCAGUGCCACAUUUUUCGACUGACUCUCCAGCAUCUCCGGUCCUCACUUUGAUGUCAAUGUCUGACAGUCACUCAAUCCACUGUGGCCAGCAAAGAUUUUCGUCCGUGAUUUCUCUGAGCGGGACCAAAGCUUUUUGGUUCCUGUCUGAGUAUGUUUUCAGCAUCAGUGGGACUGGACGAGAGACCCCACUGUUGCAGCACACUGUGCGUGGAGCCUGAAACCGUUAUACAGCCUGGGAAGGGGAUUUCACGGCAGGGAGGGGCUCUACACGUGUUUGUGAGCAGCUGAAGCUGUGGCCAUGGAGAAACCCGAGGAAUCCCGCCCUCUGAAGAAACCGUGGAACUGUGGUGACUGUGGGAAAGGCUUCCGUUUCCUGUCUGCCCUGGAGACUCAUCGGCGCAGUCACACCGGGGAGAGGCCAUUCCCCUGCAUCGACUGCGGGAAGGCCUUCAGACAUUCCUCCCACCUGCUGACCCACCAGCAGGACCACACGGGGGAAAGACCCUUCAGCUGCCCCGAGUGCGGGAAAGCCUUCGUGUUUUUCUCCGCCCUGUUGGCCCACCAGCGGGUCCACACAGGAGAGAGGCCGUUCAACUGCCCAGAGUGCGGGAAGGCCUUCAGGUAUUCCUCCACUCUACUGAGCCACCGGCGUGUCCACACCGGGGAAAGGCCCUUCAGCUGCCCCGAGUGUGGGAAGGCCUUCAGCGAUUCCUCCACCCUGCGGAGCCACCGGCGCGUCCACACAGGGCAGAGGCCCUUCAGCUGCCCUGAGUGCGGGAAGGCCUUUACCCACGUCUCCUCCCUGAUGAGGCACCAGCAGAUCCAUACAGGAGAAAGGCCCUUCAGCUGCCCCGAGUGUGGGAAGGCCUUUACCCAGGCCUCCACCCUGCUGACCCACCAGCGGGUCCACACAGGGGAGAAGCCCUACAGCUGCCCCAAGUGUGGGAAGGCCUUCAGCAAUUCCUCCACCCUGCUGACCCACCAGCGGGUCCACACGGGGGAGAGGCCGUUCACCUGCUCUCAGUGUGGGAAGGGUUUCACCUGUUCCUCCAACCUGCGGAGCCACCAGCGGGUCCACACGGGGGAGAGGCCCUACACCUGCCCUGAGUGUGGGAAGGCCUUCAGCACAUCCUCCACCCUGCUGAGGCACCAGCGGAUCCACACCGGGGAGAGGCCGUUCAUCUGCUGUCAGUGUGGGAAGGGCUUCACCUACUCCUUCCACCUGCGGAAGCACCAACGAGUUCACAUCGGAGAGAAACCGUGGAAGUGUGGGGACUGUGGGAAAGGCUUCCGUGUCCCGUCUGCCCUGGAGACUCAUCGGCGCAGUCACACCGGGGAGAGGCCAUUCCCCUGCACCGACUGUGGGAAGGCCUUCAGACAUUCCUCCCACCUGCUGGCCCACCAGCAGGAUCACACGGGGGGAAGACCCUUCAGCUGCCCCGAGUGCGGGAAGGCCUUCGUGUUUUUCUCCGCCCUGUUGGCCCACCAGCGGGUCCACACAGGAGAGAGGCCGUUCAGCUGCCCAGAGUGCGGGCAGGCUUUUACCAACAACUCCACCCUGCUGAGGCACCAGCGGAUCCACACGGGGGAAAGGCCCUUCAGCUGCCCUGAGUGUGGGAAGGCCUUCAGCUAUUCCUCCACCCUGCGGAGCCACCGGCGUGUCCACACCGGGGAGAGGCCCUUCAGCUGCCCAGAGUGUGGGAAGGCUUUUACCAACAACUCCACCCUGAUGAGGCACCAGCAGAUCCACACUGGGGAGAGGCCGUACAUCUGCUCUCAGUGCGGGAUGGCCUUCAGCAAUUCCUACACUCUGCUGACCCACCAGCGUGUCCACACGGGGGAGAGGCCGUUCACCUGCUCUCAGUGUGGGAAGGGCUUCACCUGCUCCUCCCACCUGCGGAGCCACCAGCGGGUCCACACGGGGGAGAGGCCCUUCAGCUGCCCCGAGUGCGAGAAGGCUUUUACCAACAACUCCACCCUGCUGACCCACCAGCGUGUCCACACCGGGGAGAGGCCGUUCACCUGCUCUAAGUGCGGGAAGGGCUUCACCUGCUCCUCCAUCCUGCGGAGCCACCAGCGGGUCCAUACCGGGGAGAGGCCCUUCAGCUGCCCCGAGUGCGGGAAGGCCGUCAGCACAUUCUCCUCCCUUCUGAAGCACCAGCGGGUCCACACCGAGGAGAGGCCGUACAUCUGCUCUCAGUGUGGGAAGGGCUUCAGUUAUUCCUCCAACCUGCUGACCCACCGGAGGGUCCACACCGGGGAGAGACCUUACACCUGCUUUCGCUGUGGGAAGGGUUUCACCCGCCGCUCCCACCUACGGAGCCACCAGCGAGUUCAUGUGCCAUCGCAGGGGGAUUGAAGGAGUGACGGGCGAGUCCCAUUAUCGAUUGGAAUAUGAACCCGGUUCCGGGGACUCCCGGGUUUGAAUCCCGCCACGACAGAUGGCAGAAUUGGUAUUCGGUCAGAAAUGUGGAAUUCGGAAUCUAACGAUGAGACCGUUUCAGGGAGGGGGUGGUAGGGGGAGAAAGCCCCCAUCUGAUUCCCUCUCUCCCUUGUUAGGGAAGGGAACCACCAUUGUGGGAAAGGAUACACUCAAGUCGUUCCAGCUGCAUCCUUUACCCGGUCUGGCCUACACGUGACUCCAGACCCACAGCAGUCUGGUUGACUCUACACUGCCCCUUCCUGGCAAAGGAGCGGGGAGAAACUUACUUGCAGACAGGGUAUGGGUUGAAAUUGCUGAGUGAGGCAAUACUUCCUCCGGGUUACGGCUGUACCAAGGAUCCAAAUACAAAGGGAUAAGUUGGUGCUGACCAAUAGUAAA